AUCCUGGAGUCUUCUCCGCCCCCACCUCCACCUGUAUUUAAAAAGGCAAGAAGCUCAGCUUCUUUUGGCUUAAGAGAUUAGUGUUUAAACACAUGAUUUCUCCAAGCCCACUCUGAUAAUAAAUAUCUCUUCCUCAGUAGCUACAUUAAAGAGUUGUCAAGUCUAUCCCUCCCUCAAGAUGAAAAUCUUUAAUUGGAUUCAAAGCAAGAUUAAUGGGAAGCAAAGCACCUACAAGUCAAAUCCAGUGGCAGUCACUCAUCAUAUGCUGCAUCAACCAUGCAAAGAAGAAUUCAGUGACUGGCCUAAUGAACUGCUUGCUAUUGGGACAUUCGGAAAUCUGAAGGAUUCUUCGAAUUUGAAUCAGCCAACUUGUCGUCCUGAUCAUCAACCGGAUCAAAGCCUUACACCUGAAGAAGUUGGACAGCUUCACAAAGAACUGAAACAUCUAUUUCAGGAAGAAAGUACUCCCCUUUCAGCCAAUGGAUCAAAAAAAGAUCUUGAGAAAUUCUUCAACUGUCUCCAGAACUUGGUAGAUGAUGAUCAGCAGGUUCUUGAAAAUAAAGAGAGCAAUUUCAAGCGGAGUAAUAGUCUUGUUCGGGGCCGAGGCCAAGAAUCUGCACAAUUGGAGAACACAAACAAUGGCAUUAGCAAAAAAUCCUUGUCAUAUCUCCUCAAGAAAACAUUCUUCUGCAGCAGUGGAUUCACACCCCCUCCCCCACGCCCUUUGAGAGAUCCAGUACUUCCACAAUCGUCGAAAUUCGAGAAAUCAAGGAUGGAAAAGAUUCUAAGGGCCAUACUACAGAAAAAGAUAUAUCCUCAAGCAACCAUUCCAAGGGGUACUACCACAAGAAAAAGAUACUUAGACAAUAGAGGUGUGAUUGAAAGUGAUAGUGAAGAUGAAGCAUUUGAGACUGUGAAGAAUAAUGGAAGUAAAUGGGACAAAUCAGAUUCUGAUUUCAUUGUACUAGAGAUAUGAUUGGCUUCUUAGCCAGUUCUUGAAAGAUGAGAUUUAUUUCUGUUUCAUAUGGAUAUAUGCAAAUUCAAAUUCUUCUCAAGUUUUAUUUGGUUGGAAGAGUUGAAAGGAAGACUUCCAUCUGCUACUACUGCUGUUAUAUCAUAAGAAGUACAUAUUUCACUUAAUUUUUUUCCAUGGCUAGAUAAGGAUUUCUGUUUUUGUCAUGGUUGGAAAAGCUUCAAUAAGAGGAAAAUAUUGAAAUCUUAGCAAGAGUGAAUGAGAAAUUGGAAUUGCUUCUUUGAUGCAA